GAUAAACAUAUUUAUUCAUUUUAUACCGCCUGUUCCUUUUUGAAACACCCUCCAACCACAAACCACCACCACUAGCCUGUACAACUAAUCAACAGAAAGUUAAAAAUGUGUGGUAUUUACGCUGCUUACAGACAACCCGAAAUUGAAAGCUUUAAGAGUAAAGCUCUUCAAAACUCUAGAAGAAUUCGUCACCGUGGACCAGACUGGUCUGGUAACGUGAUCCAAAACUCUACUAUCUUAUGUCACGAAAGAUUGGCCAUUGUUGGUCUUGACUCUGGUGCCCAACCAAUCGUCUCCCCAGACCAAAAAUACUCUCUCGCCGUUAAUGGGGAAAUUUAUAACCAUAUCAAGUUGAGAGACGACUUGAAGGAUUACCCAUUCCAAUCCCACUCCGACUGUGAACCUAUCAUCCCAUUAUACAAGAAAUAUGGUAUUGAUGCUCCAAAGUACUUGGACGGUAUGUUUGCCUUUGUCUUGUAUGAUAAGGACGCUGACAGAAUCAUUGCCGCCAGAGAUCCUAUCGGUAUUACUACCUUGUACAUGGGUAAGUCUUCUAAGAACCCAGAAACUCGUUACUUUGCCUCUGAAUUGAAGUGUCUUGUUGAUGAAUGUGACGAAAUCAUUGCCUUCCCUCCAGGUCAUGUCUAUGACUCUAACACUGACGAAACCACCAGAUAUUUCACUCCAAACUGGUGGGAUGGUUCUAAGGUUCCAACCAAGGCUGUCGAUUACAAGGAAGUUAGAGAAACUUUAGAAAUGGCUGUCAGAAAGAGAUUGAUGGCUGAAGUCCCAUACGGUGUCUUGUUAUCCGGUGGUUUGGACUCUUCUUUGAUUGCUGCCAUUGCCGCCAGAGAAACUCAAAAGGCUGCUGCCUCUAUUGGUAAGACUGGUAUUGAUGCCAACAAGGAAUUAUCUGGUGUUGAUGAAAAGGGAUCUCUUCACUCUGCUGGUUUCAACCAAUUACAUUCUUUUGCCAUUGGUUUACCAGGCGCUCCAGAUUUAAUUGCUGCCGAAAAGGUUGCUCAUUUCAUUGGUACUAUCCAUCACUCUCACACUUUCACUUUGGAAGAUGGUUUGGAUGCCUUGGAUGAAGUUAUUUCUCACUUGGAAACCUAUGAUGUUACCACUAUCAGAGCCUCUACUCCAAUGUACUUAUUGUCCAGAAAGAUUAAAGCUCAAGGUGUUAAGAUGGUUUUGUCCGGUGAAGGUUCCGAUGAAAUCUUUGGUGGUUACUUAUACUUUGCCAACGCUCCAUCUGCUGAUGAAUUCCAUGCUGAAUGUGUUCAAAGAGUUAAGAACUUGCACUACGCUGAUUGUUUGAGAGCUAACAAGUCCACCAUGGCUUGGGGUUUGGAAGCCAGAGUUCCAUUCUUGGACAAGGAAUUCUUGAACGUUUGUAUGAACAUUAACCCAGAAGACAAGUUGAUCAAGCAAAAGGAAGGUAAGAUUGAAAAGUACAUUUUAAGAAAGGCUUUCGACACUUCUGAUGAUCCAGAUGCUAUUCCAUACUUGCCAAAGGAAAUCUUGUACAGACAAAAGGAACAAUUCUCCGAUGGUGUUGGUUACUCUUGGAUUGAUGGUUUGAAGGACGCUGCUGAAGCUGCCGUCACCGAUGAAGAAUUGGCCAACCCUAAGCCAGAAUGGGGUGACGAUAUUCCAACUACCAAGGAAGCUUACUGGUACAGAUGUAAGUUCGAUGCUCAAUUCCCCAACUCCAAGGCCGCUGCUUCCACUGUUAUGAGAUGGAUUCCAAAGGCUGAAUGGGGUUGUCAUGCUGAUCCAUCCGGUAGAUAUGCCAACAUUCAUGAACAAAAGGUUGACCAAGAAUAAAUAGAUAAUCAGGAGAUGAAGAUUUCGAAGGGAGAAUUUGUUUAUAGAUAAUACAGUAUACUUCAAUACGGUUUA